AAACACAUUGAAUUAACUUCCUUAAGCUUCGUCUUCACAUUUUUUGUCUCAAAUUUUCUCUCAUUGUUUUCUCGUUAAUCAUUUUCUUUACUAUUGACUGUUUCUUUAUCACUUUCAAUUGUAACGAUUUGCUUGAGCAAUUCAUUCAUCGAGCUCAACAAAAUAAUUUACCUAAGUUAGCCUUCACUUCGAGUUUUUUUCACCUUUCACUCCCACUUUCACUAUCAUUCAAUCUCUCUCUCAAACUAUUUCUCUCUCUCUAUCUCUCUCCAAUGCAAUGGCUACACUUUACCUAAUUAUUAAUAUAACAUUUGAUGAUUAGACUAGUUGAUUGUUGAUAUAUUUUGUCAAUAAAAUGAAUAAAAUCAGUUUGAAUAAGAAGUUUUGCUGAGACAGAUAAAUGACUCAAAAUUGUCAAUAAAACGCUUCUUUACAAGUGAAAGUGAUAACUUAACCCUUUUGUUUCUUAUUCAUGUGCUGGUCAAUUUUACUCAAAAUGGCUCAUCUCUUAUGAUUUUCAAUCGAUAAAUGACAUUCAAUAGUGUGUUUAAAUAUUAAAUUGGAAUGUUAUGUAAAAUUGUUGCAAAGGAGCCUAAUUUUACCGUAAAGUGAACUUUUCUUGAAUACCUUCAUCUCCAUAGGAUUAUCACAUCUGUCUGACACCAAGAUGGAUUUAAUAUUGCUUUUAAUUCUUAGUUUAACUUCUUUAUCAUCAUUUCCAAACUCAGUGGUUGCAAAUAAAUCAACAAAAAAGCCAUUAACUACACCAACUAUUUUAAAAACAUUGACAACGACCAAACCAUCAACAGAAACCGGAUCUUCAAUUUUACUGGAUACCAUAUCGACGACAACACCAUUGCCAAAACCAAUAAAUUCAUCUAAAUCAACCAACGAAACUAAAGUUAAUAGAUCAACAAAAUCGGACGAAACUGGGGAGAUUCUUAAUGGUCAAGAGCAGGCUCAGAGUCCGUACAUCAGAGGAAGAGGUCGUCAAAAUGGAUUUCAGCCUACUUUAGGACCAAAUUAUAAUCCAAACUAUGGUUUACCGUUCAAUGCCUUUAUACCGCAAGGGUUACCCUUUUCUGGGUCUCAAGGAUCAGCAAAUAAUGGGUUAAACAGGCCUGGUUUAUUCAACGCUCGUGAUCAACUAAACAACAAUAACAAUAUUAAUAAUCAUAACCGACAAGGACAGUUAACCAGUCCAUUGGAUCUUUUAUCUGGUUUCAUUCCAACACCAGGACCUGGAGGGCCAUACACAGGAACACCAACACCAUUCGGUCAACCAGUUACCGGUUAUCCUGGCUAUCCAAAUUAUCCUGGUCUUAACCCAAAUUAUGGACCGGUAAAUGCUCCUGGAUUAAAUAAUAAUGGAUUUGGAGCGGCAAGAGGAACCCCUAAUAUUUAUAACCAAUUAGGUAGGCCUGAUGCACCGGAAACAGGAUUAGGUGCUCAGGGUGAUAACGCUGAUGGACAAGAAGGUGAAGAUGGUGUUGACCAAGGAGGAGUAGAUGGUAAUUCAUCGAAUGAAGACGAAGGGCAAGAAGAAAAUGGAGCUGAAAAUGAAUCUGGUCAACCAGAUAAUACUGGAGCAAAUGAUACCGAAGAAACAGGCGCUCAAGAUGAUCAAGGAGGUGAAGGAGGUGAAGGGGAAACUGGUGCUGGAGGCGGUCAAGGUGGUGAAGGUGGCGAAGGAGGUGAUCCAUCUAAUGACCCUGACUUGGCUCAGUUUCAAAAUUUCCAAGGAGGUAAUUUCCCCGGUGAUUUAUUUCCACCCGGUAUUUUGAGUCAGCAAGACUUGAAGGAUAUUCAAAAAUCCAUGGAUGAACAACAAAAGAAAGAGGCUGAAAAAAAGAGACAAGAAGAAGAAGGUGCAUCAGCUCAACCCGAUUAUGACUAUGAUGAUGGUACUGGUAAAAAUAAUGGAGAAGAAACAUCAACCGAAACUCCCGCUAAUUUAAACCCAAAUUAUAAUCAGCCAAUCAAUCAACCAGUUGUACCAAAUCAUCAGAAUCGACUUUCUCACCAUCAAGGAUUGAAUAAUAAUCAUGGUGCCUAUGCAAAUAACAACCAACUGAAUCAUCAAAUCAAUAAUCAAUAUAAUAAUAGAUUGAACCCUGGUUUGGUUUCUAAUCAGCGAAAAUCUAACCCUCAGAAUAUCCGAAAUUAUCAACAAAAUCAAUUUGAUGACAAUGUUGGUUAUAAUAACCCUAAUAAUAUAAGACCUGUUGCUGGAAAUCAAGAUUAUGACUAUAAUGGAUCAGGUGAAAGUGGUAUUAAUCAAGGUCCGGUUCGCUCUAAAGGAGAUAAUAAUCGUUACAAUAACUAUAAAAAUGGUGCUUAUUCAUCUGGUGAAACUAAUGAUUAUGACAAUAACAAUGGCAACAAUGAUCAAUAUGGUAAUGGUCGAACCCAAUCUUACCCACGUGGAUCCAAUUUCAAUAGGUUCAAUCAAGAUUCUGGUCGAUACAGGCCUGGUACAUUCGGCCAAUCUGGUUAUCGAGGUGAAAAUUUGAGAGAUUUUGGAGGACAUUCAGCAGAUUCUUAUCAACAAAACGAUGUUGAACCUGGAGUUGAUUAUUCUCCUGAUCCCGUUUAUGAUUCCAAACGAUUGCGAAAGCAAGAUAAACCUCGUCGAUUAUCUGUACCAAAUAAUAGGCCGAUAAAUAAUGGACGAAACAUUAAUCGUUUCUCAGGAAUAAAACCUUCUGUUGAUUAUGACGGAGAGACUCGUAAUUAUCCAGGAUCAACAAGGAAACCAUUCAAAGUAAAUGCACCAACAUCAGUUGAAUCAUCAAUACAAAAGCCUCUAAUACCAUCAAAUCAUAAUCCCUUCAUUGCUAAUCACAAAUGGAGUCCUCGAUCAUCUGUAUAUGAUACAAGUUCAGUUGAUUACGAUGAAGGUGAAAACAACACCAAUGGCAUUGGCUACACCAAUCUUCCCAAGAAACCCUUGAAUUAUGAUUCAUCGAAAGCGGACUACACAAACGAUGUCGAUCAAUUGAAAGAUGAUAACAAUUCAGGCCAAUUAACCAACUAUCGACAAACUCCUCGAUUCAAUGCAUCAGAGAAGAAAGAAGACAAAAGAUUAGCCAAUAGCCAAAUAAAAACAAUUGAUCCAUUUUUGAGAGGAUAAAUUACAAUUAGUUGAUGCCUUUUGUAUUUAAUAACAACUCUUCAUCUCUAUAUUUUGCCAUUAUGAUAAAUUAUUGUAAACCAACAACAGUAAACAAUCAAAGUCAACUGUAACCAUAUUAACUUAAUUGCAUCAAAUUGAUCAUCCCCUGUUUGCCAUCACUUUUUGGGUUUUUUAUUUCAUUUCAUCCUUUAUCAGGUCAAUUAUGUAAACAUUUAAAAUAAUAACUAUUUAAUCAACUGUACCUAUUACCCACUAAGCGUUACAAUUAUUUAAAUUGAAGGCAAAAACAUUGUUAACAGAUAAUGAUUAACGAUGUCGGCAGUUGAAACUAAAAUUACAGUUAUAACUGUUGGCCAUUUAUAACGUGAGAUUCAAAUGGUUUAACCAAAUAACUGGCAAAAUAAAGUCUACUAUUAUCAU